UAUUAAGAACCCACCCACAAUUUGCAAGCGAGGAUCACGCCGUCCUUUUCUGAUAAUUUUCUAAAAUUUUCUUGUCAUCUAUUGUCCUUUGGAUUACGGUGCUGGUUUAGUACACAUAAAUACCUGUAAACUUUGAAUUCUCCUCUUUUGGGGGGUCAUCAUCAUUUUAUGGAUUUGUGCCUUUUUGGGUGCAUGGUAGAAAUCCCCCGUUUUCCUUCCUUUUUCCCGCAUAAUUUUGCAGGAAAGUUUAUUGGGACGGGAGGGAUUGUUGUAUUUUGGUGUGUCUGGAUUGGGAUUUUUGUUGCCAUUUCUUCUGCGGGUCCAAACAUGGGCGCCUGUUGUAGCAAGGAACCUCAUUUUAGCUUCAUAGAAGAUCAUACAGAUGACAUCGAAUAUGGCGAUGGUGAUCAGGAUGGUGAUUUGAGGAAUGGAGAUUGUGGGGCCCGAGUUAGGCUACAUGGAUCUUCCAAGUACAUAUCCAUGUAUACCCAACAAGGAAGAAAAGGGGUCAACCAAGAUGCCAUGACUGUUUGGGAGGACUUCACUGGCGAGAAAGGUAUGAUCUUCUGUGGUGUUUUUGAUGGUCAUGGUCCCUCAGGUCACAAGGUCGCACGUUCUGUUCGUGAAACUUUGCCCUCAAUGCUCUCUUCAGCAAUCAAAUCGCCACAAGUUAAUGACAGCGAAAAUUGUGAUGCUGAAGAUGUUGUUCCGUCCCUUUUGCAGUGGGAGGACAAUUUUAUCAGAUCCUUCGGGGAAAUGGAUGAAGAACUUAACCUUGAUUGCAGCAUUGAUAGCUUCUGUAGCGGCUCAACUGCUGUAACUAUAGUAAAGAAGGUAUUAUAUAAACACCAGUUACAUUCUAGAGCACAUUUCUCAGAACAUUUGGAAAAAACUUGUUGUUUAUUUGAUUUCAUUUCUCUUCUGUUGAUUUCAAUUUUUAAGGGAGACCUCCUAGUAAUCGGCAACUUGGGGGAUUCUCGCGCAGUUCUUUGCACGCGAGGUGAAGAAAACCAACUUGUUCCCGUCCAACUCACAGUUGAUCUGAAACCAAAUAUUCAGAGUGAAGCAGAAAGAAUAAAGAAUUGCAGAGGCAGAGUUUUUGCUAUGGAUAGAGAGCCAAAUGUGUUCAGAAUAUGGAUGCCAGAGGAAGAUUAUCCUGGCUUAGCAAUGUCUAGAUGCUUCGGAGAUUUUUGCUUGAAAGAUUACGGCCUCACCUCAAUCCCUAAAGUUGCUAGUAGAAAGCUUACGGAUGAUGAUGAGUUUGUGGUUCUAGCAACUGACGGGGUAUGGGAUAUAUUGACUAACAAUGAGGUAAUAAAGAUAGUUGCUUCAGCGAAAAGGAGAUCCAUGGCUGCUAAACUGUUAGUAUGCCAUGCUGUUCAAACAUGGAGAAGCAAGCAUCCCGGUUGCAGUGUUGAUGACUGUACUGCUAUAUGUUUUUUCUUCAAGAACCGACGUUUGUUAACUAAAUCUUUGUCGGAAAUACCUCCGGCCAGCGUUACUGAUCACUCCCAGCUUGGUGACAUUGCUUCCACUGAGGUUGCAGUUUGCCACAGCUCUCGAUUCUUCAGAAGUGAGAGAGAAUCAGCCGAGUCUCUAAAUGACAAGACCAGUACUCUAUCAUCCAAUGAAGAAGCUUGUCCUCCAGAAGAAGAAAAUACGGUAGAUUCAAUCACAAAGCUCCAUGGAUCUCCUGGUGUUUUGACUCGGAGGAAAACAUUGCAGGAACUUGAUGAUAUGGAAGCUUCAUGAUGAUCUACUAAUGGGAUUUUAUCUGGGAGAUUUGGGACUUUGAGAGUCUGUACAAUUUGAAGAAACAGAAGAUCAAACAUUGUUGUAAGGAAAAAAAAAGGAAUCGAAUGGAAAGAUCAUUAUAUUGAACAUCAAAAAUUGUAAAUUCAUAUGUUCUUAUAAUCAAAUGGCACACACAUUUAAGUGUUGGCACUCUUUCCCACUA